UUAUCAGCCAGCCGUCAGCAGCCGCCAGCAGAUAAGCGACAGUGCAGCCCCACCACAGAGAGCGUUGACGUCCUACACAGUCAGUGAGGGGUGUACUCUAUGGGAAUUUAUUUAUGUUAAAUCGUUCACUGAAGUGUAAUUACAAAGUACUUGUUUGCAAAAAUUAAUUAUGUAUUUGAUACCGUAUUAAUUCGUAUAUAAUAACAUUAAAAAAAAGCUAAUCGUUCUUGUUUCUGUAUGAAUCAGGCAUUGUGUGCGUAAUCGGAGAAAAAGCUCUUCCAGUGAUUUCGAGAAAACAACAAAUAAAAAGAACCGAUUAAAAACAAAACUAUUUCUUUAGCUAAAUAACACGCUGGUCUGUGAUUAAUUAAAAGCAAAGCAAUGAGCAUAUUGGAAUUGGCAGACUACAGCUUCUUUGAGAUAUUUAAGCACUUGAACAAAACUGCGAGGGCAGUGCAGCUACACUCGACGCAAUCAAGUAUGCCGAUCUCAUUAGCUUUGCCGCUAGCUCCGAGCGGAUUACCGAUCUGCUCCGUGAAUGGGAUGCAAAUCUAUAUGAAAGGCUAGAGAUGUAUGUGACCUUCAACCCCUUCGUAGGUGGAUGGAUGGACAUAGUCGACUUUGAACAGGUGUAUGCCCUGUUAAAGAAUACCUCAGAAAAGGAUAAGGAAUUCGCUGUGAGGUCCCUCAGCCGCGCCAUCAGGGACUCAGAUUCGAACAAAGUCGUCUUACGCUACGCUCCCCAAUCAUUCCAUAGUGAGCACAUGGAAACAUUUCGAACCGUGAUUGGCCACCUUCAAAACAAGGUAAAACUGAAAGCGUUGGAAAUAGUUUUUCCAGGCUAUUCCAUGGAGGGUCUGGGAACACUUAAAAGCCUCGAGAGACUCCGUUUAAAUAUUCGGAUGGAUAUUGAUGAUUUGGUCGAAAUCUGCCGCUUGAACAAAAACUUGCGCGACCUGGCAUAUAUGAAUAAUGAAACGGGAGGAAAAAGACUGGCUGCGAUCGCCCCGCACUGCCAACAGUUGAGAGAACUGGAGUUCACUAUGAGACCCGACUGCGAUGCAAGCGAAUACAGGCCUUUGGCUAAGAUUCCCAAACUGAAGCACUUAAAAAUCGCAGGCGUGCACGAGAAGGGCACUCUUCAUCCUUUGCUGAAUGAAUUGGCCUGCAAGAAGCGCAAAGUCUUGCAUAGAUUGUCCAUAGACGAUGCCCCAGUAGACGAAAAAGAGACGCAGGCCAUUGCCCAGAUUGAAACAUUAACCAGAGUGAAGUGUGCAUUUGACGAUCCCCAGAGCAUUGGGCAGUUGUCGCAACUGACCAAACUCGACCAAUUGGUAAUACUGUCUAGACACGACUUUGGGGCGAUAUCCGAGCAAGUUCUGAGCAUUCUAAAGAAGUCAAGCGAAGAAACGAAUAUUCAGCUAUUUUAUUCGGGAAUAUCUUGUACUGCGAAUGACUCCGACUACGGUUUGCUUUCGACUCUGCCAGGCUUGUCUUCGCUUGAAAUUAACGGAUCGUCCCAAACAGGUAAACUUAAGCCGAUUCUAAAUGGAUUGGCAUUCGGGAAGGAACCUAAUUUGACGCACUUGUCGUUGGAAAGCAUCACGGCAGAAGAAAUCGCUAUAGUGUCUGAAAUAACAUCCCUAAGGACAUUAGAGUGUGGAUUUGCCGAAACAGAAAAUACUGAGCUCCUAGCGAAAAUACCCAUGCUCGAAGAAUUGAUUAUUUUAUGUGUGCCAUCUCGAGGGUCCCUCCAGCGCCUCCUGGCUGCUUUGGCUUCGAGGAAGUCGCAGACCCUCAAAAAGUUUUCCUUGACAGGAGGAAAGAUCGAUCCCUUGGAGGCAAAGGAACUGGCGCGCCUAAGAUCUUUGCAAAUUUUGAAAUGUCGGUUCGCUGAUUCUAUGGCCAUCCAGCUCCUGUCUCAACUAACCGAACUCAAAGAGUUGUUUCUAAAGGCGAAUGCAAUGUUCGCCGAGAUAUCGCCUGGGAUUCCACCAGUUGUAAAUUCCUAAUUAGCCAAAAUUUACAUCGAAAUUCAUCCCCACAAGACUGAGUCCUGUCUUGUCGACAUGAAGUCGUCUGAAAUCCUCGUCGAAAUGUUGGACGCCUGUCAAGAUGAAAUUUAUAUACGGAGCAAGAAAAGCCGCAUAUCGUUCAAACGGGGGAAAAAAACAUUAAACGUAGAUAUGAAGUUCUUUAAAGAAAACAACCUUGCGAUACAACCUCUGGCCCGCCUUGAAGCCGUAAACCAUAUCGAAAUAAAAGGACACCGUAAAGCUGGCUCAUUGAGAGAGUUCUUUGCCGCUCUGGCGAUGAAAAAAAAUCACGAUUUGCAGAGUCUCUGCAUAACCGACAGCUCGCUCGAUUUCUAUGAGACUACGGAGUUGGCCAAUAUUACUUCGUGGACGAGCUUCAGAGGCGUCCUCUCCAAUAGACGAAGCUACCAGCAUUUACUUAAUUUAAGCGAUUUCCAAAUUAUUGAAAAGGGCACCGCUGACAGACACAUAAUAUUCGAUAAGAGCACUGGAACAUUGGACUUUGGGAGAAAAGGGUCCGAGCUUGACUUUCCCAAUUCCUUUGACCUAAAUUUCAUAGCUAGCCUGCAGAAUUUACGGCACGUGAGUAUUCGUGGAUCCUUCAUAUGGAGUAACAUGCAUAAUUUCUUCGGCCAACUGGCCACUUGGCAAGGCGAGACUCUGGAGAAACUGAGAGUGGACAAUUCUUACGAAAUGAGCAGUGCAGAUCUGAGGGAAUUGAGAAAAAUGAAUUCUCUCCGAACCCUGUCAUGCCGUUUAUCCUGGGUCAAGGACACAGAAAUAGAACAGCUGGCUCAAUUUCCCCAGCUAACAACGCUGAUUGUGGGCUCCCAUCGAACAGGCUCAUUAAAGAAACUUCUUGACAAUGUGGCCGCCAAGGAGUGCCCCACCCUAAAAUACCUGUCCGUAAAAGGCGACGGUCUCACCCCCCAAGAGGUGGCCGGAGUAUCCGCUAUAAGCUCUCUGAAGGGACUCGAGUGCGCGUUCUACGCCACAGAAGGCCUCAAUGUCUUAGCUAAGCGAUCCAGCAUUGAGGAUCUGGUCAUAACAGCAAGGAAAUGUGACACCUCUCUGGUAGAUCUGCUCAGUGCUUUUGCAUUUUCUGGCGAAUCAAAGCUCCAUAAUUUGAUUAUCGAGGGUCCGACAGUCAAUCAGGAUCCGUUUACCGCAUUUGAUCUGGUUUCUCAAAUUCCGAGACUGAAGUCCUUGAAGCUCCCAGUGAUAGAUACCCAGGGGAUUGAGGUAUUGGCCGAGGCUUCGCACCUCGAAGAGUUGAGAAUCUCCUCUGGCCCCAAAAGGGGUUCUCUAGAAGAUCUCUUUCGGGUACUUUCCUUGAAGGCUACACCAAAAUUAAAGAAGUUGGUUUUAGAGCACACUGUCAUCGACGAUGAAGAGGCUUGGAAGCUCGUGCAGGUUGAUUCAAUCAUAAGUCUAGUGUGUGGCUUUAAGGACGAAGAGCGCCUCUCUCUCUUGGCUAAAAUGACUAAUCUCGAGAGUCUGGAAAUCACUUCCGAACAUUUAUUUCCAAAUAUUUCUGAGCAAAUCCUUGACAUCUUCCGACAAUGUCGAAAGCUCAAGACUAUUCAUUUGGGCAGAACACUCUGCAUAGUCAGACAUGACUUCCUGAUAAAUUCACUAAACAUACUGAAAUCAGUGAGAGAUCCCACCCAAGGUCCAUUGGAGAUGCAGAUAUCCCCUAUCCCUUAUGGCUCUAUGCAACCACCUUAUCAACUAGAAGACGAGAUGGUUGGCAUCGAUGAAGCGUAUUUAAUUGUCACCAUUGUAUAUGAGAAUGUACAAGAGCUAGUAAGAGAGCGAGGAAGACAGUUUUAAAAUUUAUUUUAUCAAAUGUCACUUUAUGCUUAACUUAAGUAAAAAAAAUCACUUAAUGCUUCAAAUUAUUUGAAGUAUAUAACAUUCUGUUUAUACUCUUUGAUGACUUUUACAUCCUCGAAGCGGUCCUGAACCCCAAGCGACUGGAUGUCUUUGAGACGGAUGAGUUCUUUGCCUUCUUCCUCAUUCAAAUGAGUUGGUAUAUUGUCAUAAUCAUAC